UCUCUCUCUCUCUCUCUCUCUCUCUCUCUCUUACACUUACCCACUGAAACCAACAUAACAAAGGUACUCUUUAGGUGCUUUAUAAUUAUUACUCUUGUAAUCAAGCUCCUUGAUAGAAGCAGAAGCAGCAGCAACUACAAAGCAAAUUGAUUAUUCUGCUUCUUGAUGCAAACCCUUCAUCACUUUAUAUAGCAAAUAAUCAGGAGAAAGAGAGUCGUUUUUUUCUUUAACUUUGCUUCCUUUCAAGUUUCAUGAUCAGUUUCAUUAACCUCUUCACCUUUAUCACUCAUCAUCGAUAUCGUCAUCUCUAACAGAAGAAGAAAAGAGUAUACCUUUUUUUUUUUGAUAUGGGGAGCACAUCAAGAAGAAGCAAUUAAUUGAGCUCUAGCUACUUUUUUAGCUAUGUUGUCUUGAUCUAACACUCAAAAAUCUUUGUAAGAUUUGUGGGUUGUUGCAGAAACACAAGAAAUCAGUUCGAGUGAAAAUCAAGAAAUGGAUUCAUAUGAAGCAACAAGAGUUGUGUUCACGAGGAUCCAAAAUUUGGAUCCUGAAUACGCUUCAAAAAUCAUGGGUCUUCUCCUAAUUCAAGAUCAUGGCGAAAAAGAGAUGAUUCGGUUAGCUUUUGGGCCUGAAUCGUUAGUUCACUCUGUGAUUAUGAAAGCUCGUAAAGAACUUGGCAUUCCGUCGAGCAACGCGCCGUCGACACCUUCUUCUCCGGCGUCGCCGUCGCCGUUCAGUUCUUCCCACAGUCUCUCCCGGCAAAACUCGGGGAAUUCUUCGACUGCUUCAAGGCUUGUUAAUGGCGGAGUUACUAAUCUCCCGUCGCCUCUCAGUAUCCCGAGCUUGUCAUCUUCGUGGACGAAUUCUAAUUUCUCUGAUUUUCAACCCAGUGAAGACCACCAUCUGAAUUCCUCAGCUCCGCCGUUCUACGGCGGAAGUAGCGAGCCUGAUCUGAUAGAUGAAUUACAAAUACAAGACCAGCUUUCUUUUCUCAACGAUGGUUCUCCCACUCUCGGCCCUAAACCCACCGAUUUUUUCUACCCGGAUUUGAUGUCCCCUAACGGCAGCGGUGACAUGUACUCACCAUGGAGCGGCGGCGGCGGAGGCGGUGGCGGUGGUGGUGGUCCACACCGCCGGAGCUCAUCUGCUAACGAUAUUUUAUUCGGUGGAGGUGGUGAAGACCCUAACGGAUGGAAACCUUGUCUUUACUUCGCUAGAGGCUACUGUAAAAACGGAGCUAGUUGCAGGUUCACUCACACCGCCGGCGGCGAAGCUGAUAUCGCUGCCAUGACAGUUGGUUCCUUGAGCAAACUCGAUGUCAUGGAACAGUGCCAAGAGCUUCUCCGAUCUAAAUCCACCCACCAACAACGGUUGCUCAUGGCGGCCGCCGGUUCUUCUCCGAACUUCCCCUUCCCAAACAGCCCGAAAUCCAUGAACUUUCUCCUCCAGCAGCAACCUCUCCAAUCAGAUAGCCCCAGGAUGGCCGCCGCCGCCGCCGCCGCCGCGGCAUUAAUGAUGGGGGAGGAGAUGAACAAAUUCGGCCGGUCAAGGCUCGACCGGAGCGAUUUCUCCAUGGGUAUGCUGAAUCCCGGUUCACGGCAAAUCUACUUAACUUUUCCGGCGGAUAGUACUUUCCGGGAAGAAGACGUUUCCAAUUACUUCAGCAUGUAUGGACCAGUUCAAGAUGUUCGGAUCCCAUAUCAGCAAAAACGAAUGUUCGGAUUCGUCACAUUUGUUUACGCAGAAACUGUGAAACUCAUACUCGCGAAAGGAAACCCACAUUUCGUAUGCGACGCUAGGGUUCUUGUAAAACCCUACAAAGAAAAGGGUAAAGUUCCCGAUAAGUUCAGAAAGCAACAGCAACAACAAAUCGAUCGAAGCGAGUUUUCCCCAACUGGGUUUGAUUCACGCGACCCUUUCGAUCUUCAGAUAGGAGCGAGAAUGCUGUACAACAGUCAAGAUCUGCUAUGGCGGAAAAAGCUUGAAGAACAGGCGGAUCUGCAACAUGCAAUCGAGCUUCAAAACAGGAGAAUCAUGGAUCUGCAACUUCUUGAUGUUAAACGGAACCACCACCAUCACCACCGUGCACUGUCCACCGGCGCCGCCAUUCCUUCACCCACCUGUUACUCUCCAAGCUACCUGAAUCACUCGUCGGUUUUUGCUUCUGAUACCCGCAGCAGUUCCAGUCCAGAUUCCGAGGAUGGUUUGAUGUCUAAAAUGGUUACACCUGUAACUAUCAAUGUCGAUGAGACAUUAGAGGUAAAUUUAAACCUGGAGAAAGAGAAGGAAUCUUUGGAGAUUAAUAAAAAAGAUGAAAAUAGUAAUGGAAAAUCAAGCCCUCAUCAUGAAGAAGAUAUUGAUUUGCCUGAAAGUUUGGAGCAUAAUCUCCCAGAUAACCUUUUUGCAUCACCCAAAGCAUCCGGAGAUUACCGAACUGUCUUCUCGAAUGAUGACGAGAUCUCCGGCAAGAAUAUUCCGGCGGUUUCUUCCACGCCGGAAAAGUUUUCCGGCAACAACUUGAUCACCUCACCAUUGCUUCCGGCGACUUCAACUUUGGACUUGGCUUCUUUGAAAUCAUGUUACUUUCAGUUUCCGAGGUUUUCUUCGGGUCACGGUGCGAUUGGAAUGUAGUCUUAAAUUUACGGUCUUUUAGCUUCCUUAGUGUAGGAAGAAGAUGAAUAUAUGUAAACAAGAAAGGAAUACCCAGAUGAGAUCUUUAGUAAAAUCAUCUCCACCAAUAACCACCACCUCCACCUUCUGCCACCACCACCACCACCACCACCAAUACUACUUACUACCAUACAAAAAUUAUAUAGGUAAAAAGAAUGAUGUAAAGGGUGUCUGGAUCCUGCCUCCACCUCACCUUCUUGUUGUAACCUUUUAUCAUUCUAGUUGAAUUAAAAUUAAAAGAUUAAAAGACAACAUUUAAAGGAGCAUGUGAUAGAGUCAAGAAAAGAAAAGAAAAAAAAAAAAGUCAAAAUGUAUGUAGCAGUGAUUCCUAGGGUGGAAAAUUACAGUCGUACCCCUGGGGUGUAGUGUGUUUAUGUUAGAAAAGAAGAGAAGAGAAGAAAGCGUUUGAUGUGGACUGUACAGCUGCUGAGGAAGCAAGGGGCAAAUUUGUAAAAGCAAGUGGUGUGGGGGAGGGGGUGGAUGAGGUAGAUGAGUGAGUUUAGUGUUAAAAAGAAGUAGAAAAGAAAUGGUUGGCUUUAUACCAUAACUAGUUAAUGUUAUUAUGUAUGUAUGUAUACAACAUCAUGAUCAUGAUCAGGCUAUGAAUAGACAUGACAAUCAAGAAAUGACAAACAAAGAAACGGCUUUUAUUUUA